AUGAAAAUAUUAAUUACUCUGAUAGUGACAUAAUCUAUAUCAACUAUCAUAGGUUUUACGGAAUUUAAGGAACCAUAAGAAGUGAUAGCAUUGGCCUUGGAACUUUUUGGAUUGGCAAUGUUGUUGCUUUUAAGCAGGAUGAAAUAUUCUGAGUUGAUUUAGAGAAUACUGCUUAUAUGCUUGGCAACGAUAAUAUUUGUAUUAAUGCCGAAUUCUCAGUUUAAAUUUUAUAGUGGAGUUUAUCAUAUAGUGCUUCGCCAUUCACAACAAAAGCAAUUAAAUAGGGGUUUACUUUUAGAAUGGUUGGUCUUACUUCUGGUCAUACUAAUAUUUGGAACAUCUCUGGAGAUAGAACAAAUUUGUAGAAGUGUGUUUGCAGGAAUAGCAAUAAUGUUAAUGCAAUGUUUUAAGUACCAAGAUUAACUUCAAAAAGAGGCAAAUAAACAAUAAAUAAUGAUACAAUCUAAAAUAAACUAUACAAUGGCCAACAAUGAUGGGUCGAACCCAAGGAACAUUGGAGAGCGGAUAGUGGAUCCAAAAGUGACUUCGUUAUUUUUGGAUGAGAAUUACAAUGUUUUAGACUUUUAGAGAUCGAGUGCUGUUUAUAAAUUGACAGAUGGGGAUGUGUAAAAUCUACUGUAGGAAUUGCACAUAAAUAAAAUUGACUAAAAAUCAAAGUAGUUAUUGCCUUGGAAAUGCAAUUAAAUUUCAUUAAAAUAUUUCUUAGACUCAGUUAAAAAUAAUGCCAUCCCAAUGGUUAUUUAAGUUAUUGACUACACUCAUCCUAAGUUAGAGAAUCAUAUAAUUAAAAUCAUUUAUUAGAAUGAUUUCGAAAUCCAAUUUUAUGAUGUCGAAGAAAUAGAUAAAUAUAAAAAGAGAAAUUAUGUUUAUGCAAUUUUAAAAUAAUUAUUUAAUACUAUGUCACAUGAAUUUGGAACAUCUCUGAAUUAUUUACUGGCUUUAUCCUAAGUAGCAAUAGAUAAAUAUAAUGACGUAGAGUUAUAAUCUUACUUUUAACCUAUUAAAGCUACUGGACUAAUAAUGUACCAUUUCGUGUUAGACAUGAUUGAUUUUAAUGCUCUAUUGGGAAAGAAGCUAGAAUUAUAUUUUGAAAAAAUAGAUAUUGUUGAAAUUCUCUAUGAAAUUAAAAGUAUUUUUUCUCAUUCUUUAGAAUAAAAAGGAUUAACAAUAAACUUUGAUGUAUUUCUUAAUGAAAAAACAAUCUUUACUGAUAGAAGAAGACUAAAAUAAAUCUUAAUAACCUUGAUUUCCAAUGCUCAAAAAUUUACUUUCAAAGGUGGUAUUCGAUUGGUAGUUAAAUCAGUUGAAAAGUAUGUCCAAUUCGAAGUUAUCGAUACAGGUAUUGGACUCUCAACAUCUGAAUUGGAAAUUCUAACAGAUGUACUUAAAACUGAUUACAAAAACGAAUAAUAAAUAUCUAAAAAUACAGCUGGAUUUGGUUUGGGAAGUUAUCUAUGUAAUAAAAUUGCAAUGAGUCUUUCAAAUCUAAAGUACGAAGAUGGAGGAGGAAUUAGAUAUUCAAACAAUUAAGGUGAAAUUGGUACCAUGGUAACAUUCAAGAUCCUUAAUGAAUAAUUGAAUUAUAAUUUUGUUUCUUCAUAAGAUAAUUCGAGCGGCAUAAUAAAAAUAGGGAAAAAUGUGAUCGUCGAUUUAAAACAAUCAUAAAUUGAAUUAAGUUUAAGUGGACUGAAAAAACCAUUGACUAAGAGAUUUAGUACUGUAAUGGUACCAAAAGUAAAAAGCUUUCAUGAUGAUUAACAUAGAGAGCAUUCUUAUUUCAAAUAACCUACAAAAGACUGUUUUUAAGGAAUGUAAAUGUAGUACACAAAAAUAGAUUCAGAUAGUGUAAACGAAGAAACUAAUGAAGAGGAUUAUCAAAAAAGAUUAUAAAUUCAAAAUCUUAAACUUCGUUAUUAUCCUAGUGAUAUACUUCGUGAACUAAGAUAACAAUCAGUUGGAAUAAGUGAACAUUAUGUUCUUGAUUGCAAGUGUAAGACCAUUCUAAUUGUUGAUGAUGAAAUGAUUAAUAUUUUGGGAUUGUAAUUGAUGUUGAAGUCUUUGUUUUUUGAGGCUGAUCAUGCCUUUAAUGGAUUGGAAGCAAUCAAAAUGUUAGAAUAAGCUCAUUGCAUGUAUAGUAUAAUUUUUAUGGAUAUCAAUAUGCCAAUUAUGGAUGGUUAUGUGACAACAAAAGCAAUUUUAAAUAAAUACAAAGCUGGUUCACCUAAAAUCAUUGCCUGUACUGCAUUUACUGAUAGUCAAACAAGAUAAGGAUGUUAUGAAGUGGGAAUGUCUCAUUUCAUUAACAAGCCUGUAGAUAAAACUGAACUUCAAAAAUUGCUGUGCUAUCUAAUAAAUUGA